AUGACACUGGGUACCUCAAAUGCAAGCACCAUUAAUGACACAGACCAGGAGGGAAUCUCACAGUACCAACCUUGGUCACACAGUGACAUGACAGCAAUAGCGAGUAAAUUGCCACCCAUUACCUCAGGAGGCAGCAGAUGGUUGAGUAAGCUGACAGCACUCAGCCAUGGCACUGACUUGGCUUUGGGUGAUUUGAGAUGCCUGUUGGGUCAGAUACUGACAGCCUCACAAAUGCAAAAUUUAGAGCUCGAUGCAAAUACUAUGUAUGUUGCAAAUGAGAUACCAUUUACCAGAGUAAGUACUGUUGUAAGCCAAACUCUUCGUCGAAUAUAUCCUGUGCCACCAACAGUGUACCAGAAUAUAAAAUUCCGCAUUAAGCCAGGUGAGACUGGAGCGGCUUAUUAUUUCCGUUGUGCUGCUGAGUGGGAACAAAUGGUGGAGGAAAACAGUUUAAACAACCCUGUGACACGAGACAUAUUUAGAGCAGCAGUAAUGACAGGAGCUCCAAAUGGAGUAAAACAAGCAAUGGAGAAUAACCCAGAUAUCCCAGUGGCAAGUAACGAGGUAUGGGAAAGACAUUUAGUGCACCACACAGACAGAGCAGUGGAAAGAGCCAAUAAAGAGGAAGAGGAACUAGAAAGAGUUAAAACCCAGUUGUUAAAAUUGCAAUUAGAAAAAGCCAAAAGUGAAGGGACAACCAAAAAGGCCAAGCAAAUGCCACAACAUACUCCCAAUGCACCCCAACCCAUAGACCCAUAUCAAGGACCCCCUUACAGUGGUUCUCCUUUUGGAGGACCGACACACCACCAUCCAUAUAGCAACCCACAUUAUGCCCAAGGACAAACCGUAGGCAGGGACCCCCAUGGAAGGAAAUGGACGAGGAGGCAGGAGAGGGCAAGGGGAGGGGUGAGAGGGGACGCAGUGUUUUGA